AUGAGGGUCAUCGAAGUCAUCAUUGACGGCUUCAAGUCGUAUGCCGUGCGCACAGUCAUCUCGGGCUGGGACGAGAGCUUCAACUCCAUCACCGGUCUAAACGGUAGUGGCAAGUCCAAUAUUCUCGAUGCGAUAUGUUUCGUCCUCGGCAUCACGAAUAUGACGACGGUUCGCGCCCAGAACCUGCAGGACCUCAUCUACAAGCGUGGCCAGGCUGGUGUCACAAAGGCCUCGGUGACCAUCGUCUUCGACAACAAGGACAAGGCCAAGUCUCCCAUCGGCUUCGAAGACUAUCCCACAAUCUCGGUGACCCGCCAAAUUGUCCUGGGUGGUACGUCGAAGUACCUGAUCAAUGGUCACCGAGCUCAGCAAACCACCGUGCAAAACCUCUUCCAAUCCGUCCAGCUCAACAUCAACAACCCCAAUUUCUUAAUUAUGCAAGGUCGCAUCACGAAGGUUCUGAACAUGAAGAAGGAGGAAAUCCUUGGAAUGGUCGAGGAGGCUGCAGGUACCCGCAUGUUCGAGGAUCGCAGAGACAAGGCCUUCCGUACAAUGGCAAAGAAGGAGAUGAAGGUUCAGGAGAUCAUGGAACUCUUGCGCGACGAGAUCGAGCCGAAGCUUGACAAGUUGCGACAGGAAAAGAGAGCUUUCCUCGACUUCCAGCAGACACAAAACGACCUGGAGCGCUUGACACGACUUGUCGUCGCCUACGACUACCUGAAGAGCAAGGAGAAGCUUCGCAUGAGCGAAAAGGACCUGAAUGAUAAGAGACAACGUGCUAUGUUCUUUGAGAGCAACGCCGAAAAGCUAAAGAAUGAGAUUGCUUUCUUGCAAGAGGAUAUGGACAAGGUCAAGGCAGCAAGAGACAAGGAGUUGAGAAAGGGCGGCAAGUUCCAAGCCUUGGAGGACAAGGUCAAGGAACACUCUCACGAAUUGGUCAGACUGACUACAGUCUUGGAUCUCAAAAAGUCAAGCAUGACUGAAGAGAGUGAGAAUCGCGCCAAAAGCGAAGCCACAGUCCAGGAACUCGGAAAACAGCUCGAACAGAAGUCUCAUCUUCACAAGCAACUUCAGGAACGAUAUGACACUGCCAAUGCCGAACUCCAGAAGCAGAUGGCUGAAGUCGAACAAAAAGAGGAGCUUCUCCAGACAUUGCAAACUGGUGUCGCAUCCAAGGAGGGUCAAGAAGGAGGAUACCAAGGUCAACUUCAAGACGCUCGCAAUCGACUCAGUGCCGCUUCGACUGAACAAGAACAAGCAAAGCUCAAGAUAUCGCAUCUUGAGAAGCGCUUGAAAGAAGACGAGCCUCGAGCUAAGAAAGCAGAAAAGGAGAAUGCUGGUCUGUUGAAAGAAAUUGAUGGACUCCGUUCUCAAGCAAAGAAGCUCGAGGCUGAGCUUUCCAAGAUUGGCUACGAGUCUGGUCGCGAAGAAGCUAUGCACAAAGAGCAAUCGCAGCUGCAACAACGAAUUCGCGAACUGAAGGAACAGGCAGACGGCCUUAAGCGAAGGGUUGCAAACAUUGAUUUCAGCUACAGUGAUCCGACACCUAACUUCGACCGAUCCAAGGUCAAGGGCCUGGUCGCACAGUUGUUUACCCUCGACAAGAACUUCACCCAAGCAGGAACUGCCCUCGAGAUCUGUGCUGGAGGUCGCCUGUAUAACGUUGUAGUCGAUACUGCACAGACUGGCACGCAGCUCCUGCAAAACGGCAGGUUGAAAAAGAGAGUGACUAUCAUUCCGUUGAACAAGAUUUCCGCCUUCCGCGCUGCUUCGGAGAAAAUUGGCGCUGCUAGAAACAUGUCGAACAACAAGUGCGACCUCGCGUUGAACCUUAUUGGAUACGAAGAAGAUGUCAAUUCUGCAAUGGAGUAUGUAUUUGGCAACACGUUGGUGUGUGAGGAUGCCGCAACGGCCAAGAAGGUCACUUUCGAUCCUGCCGUCCGCAUGAAGAGUGUCACGUUGGAGGGUGAUGUCUACGAUCCUUCGGGCACUUUGUCUGGUGGUAGCUCACCAAAGACGAGUGGCGUACUGGUAACACUUCAGCAACUCAACGAGAUCACGAGAGAACUCGACACAAGGCAGGCAGCUCUACGUCAAUUGCAAUCAACAAUGGCACAAGAGAAGGAAAAGCUUGAUGCAGCGAGAGGUCUCAAGCACAACCUGGAUCUCAAGAGCCACGAAAUUUCGCUCGCCGAGAAGCAGAUUAACGGUAACUCGUCAUCUUCGAUCAUCCAAGCAAUCGCCGACACAAAAGCUGGCAUUGUGGAGCUGAAACAGAGCAUUGUGGAAGCCAAAGCACGCCAGGACGAAGCGGCGAAGGAAGUUAAGCGAGUCGAAAAAGACAUGAAGGACUUUAAUAAUAACAAGGACAGUAAGCUUGUGGAGUUACAAACGGCACUUGAUAAACUCAAGAAGUCUUUGAGUAAAAACUCCGCCUCAAUCAGACCUUUGCACCAAGAAGUCAGAGACGCAAUGCUAGAGGCUGAACAAUGCGGCAGUGAUCUUGCCGCCGCCCAAGAGCAAUUCCAGGAUGCGGAAGUCAACCUCAAGACGCAACAGGAGGAGCUGGACGCAUUGAUGAGGGAAGGACAAGCCGUGAAAAACGCGCACGACUAUGCUCAAGCGCAACUUGAUGAUGAGAGGAAGAAGCUUUCAGGUUACGACACCGAGCUUGCGGAUCUUGAGACAGCAUCGCGAUCAAAAUCUGCGCAAAUAACCGAGGAAGCUCUGGAAGCGCAGAAGCUCGGUCACCAGAUCGAGAACUUUUCCAAACAACAGCAGGCAGCACGCCAGACUCUACAGACCAUGGAGAAGGAACACGAAUGGAUCGCUGACGAAGUCGAGUCCUUCGGCCGUGCCAACACACCAUACGAUUUCAACGGCAUGAACAUGACUGAGAGUAAACGAUCGCUUGCAGGCUUGAGCGAACGUUUCCAAGGCAUGAAGAAGAAGAUCAACCCCAAGGUCAUGAACAUGAUUGACAGCGUCGAAAAGAAGGAAGCUUCGCUGAAGAAUAUGAUGCGUACAGUCAUUCGUGACAAAAAGAAGAUUGAGGAAACCAUUGCUCAGCUGGACGAGUACAAGAAGGAAGCCCUUCACAAGACUUGGAGCAAGGUCAAUGUCGACUUUGGCAACAUUUUCAACGAACUACUACCAGGUGGCAACACGGCGAAGCUGGAUCCUCCAGAAGACAGCGGCGAUAUCUCCAAAGGUCUUGAAGUCAAGGUCUGUCUCGGCAAGGUGUGGAAGCAAUCGCUCACCGAGCUCUCUGGUGGUCAACGCUCCCUCAUCGCGCUAUCGCUCAUCCUUGCUCUGCUCCAAUACUCACCCGCGCCCAUGUACAUCUUGGACGAAGUUGACGCUGCACUGGAUCUAUCGCAUACACAGAAUAUUGGUCGCUUGAUCAAGACGAGAUUCAAGGGCAGUCAAUUUAUCGUCGUCAGUUUGAAGGAUGGCAUGUUCCAGAAUGCCAACAGGAUCUUCAAGACGAGAUUCUCAGAUGGCACUUCUGUGGUCCAAGUCCUUACGCCGGCAGACCUCAAGUGA